AAUAUGUUUUCCAAAGGCGCUUUCACUUAAAACGCAUUAACACAAAUAGAAUCACAUUUUAUUUAAAUAGUUCCAAAUUCAUUAUCCUGAGAUCGUUCAAGAUGGAGCAUCUGUAAACACAUUAUCUUAAGACGCACCGUUAGAAUAAAAAAAUGUCCCCACCGAAACCGGUGCUAAUUAAGUGCUCAGAGUUCGUUUAUAAGCCCUUCCAAUACUCGACGGAAUGAUCGACACUGCACGUACCAAUGGGAGCCAAAGCUUGCAGAAAGAUUGAUCACUUUCACUCCAAUCACAGCGACUUGGGUUCGAUCCUCGAAUAGUUCGGUUGUCUCGAGGUCGGUGACAGCUCGCGCGUGUAGAUGAUGGCGGUAAAUAAAAGCUUCACACUAUAAAAAUAAAUAAAAAGGCUAAUAUGUUUCGCAAAAGAAAUAGCAUGUAGUAAUUGUCUAGGUUUGGUCAGCGUAUUUUGCUGUCAUAGUGAUGAGGCUAUAACCUCUUAAAGUUGAGGUUUUUUUUUUCUUUAAGAAUCAGUGACUUUAAUCUGGGUUGACCUCCUGUUGUUUUGUUCAGAGAUUAUCAUGAAAGUUGAUUUUUUAAAUAAUAUUUUUAUAGUAAGGUCGUUGUUUUUUGGCCAUUGCUGGGGUACGUUCUCUACCAGAGUGUUGUCGCCUACUUUAAGUUGAGUGAGUGUCGGGGAAGACUUUAGCUACGGUCUGAGAGAGUGGUCUUUGUUCUGGUGACCUUUUUCCACUCGUAUUUAAAAUUCGUGCCUUAAGCUGGCUUAGAUCUGGACACGUGAUUUUCAUUUCAGGGUAUCAACAUUUUGCUGGAACGGUUGCAUGGGUGUGAGUGGCGCAGCAGUGUGUCCAUAGGCAUACUGAGGUUGCGAUGUUGACGCUGCUCACUGGUGUCAAAGCGUCCACAAGGCUGUUUUCACUCAUGAGCCUUUGCCCUGUGCUUGGGCACACGUCGUGAUUGGGAGCACAUGUGCAUGCCGCGAGAUGGAUCGAUGUAAGCAUGUGGUACGCCUCCGCCUGGCCCAGGAUCACUCCAUCCUCAACCCGCAGAAGUGGCGCUGCGUGGACUGCUCCACCACCGAGUCGGUGUGGGCCUGCCUCAAGUGCUCGCACGUGGCCUGCGGCCGCUACAUGGAGGAGCACACCCUCAAGCACUUCCAGGAGUCCCGCCACCCGCUGGCCAUGGAGGUGCGCGAGCUGGACGUCUUCUGCUACGCCUGCGGGGACUACGUGCUGAACGACAACGCCGAGGGGGACCUCAAGCUCCUGCGGGGGGCGCUGUCCACCGUGCGCAGCCCCGGCCGGCGCUCCAUGCGCUCGCUGACCUCCGCCGGCGACUCCCCGCUGCGGGGGGCGGAGGGCGGGAGGGACUGCGGCGGCGGCGGCGGGGGGGCGCGGCCCUCCAUGCAGACGGCGCUGUGGCACCGGCGGCAGGCGCUGCUGGGGCGGGCGCUGCGCACCUGGCGGGGCCGGCUGCGGGCCGAGCAGAGCCGGCGGGAGCAGGAGGCGGAGCGGCAGAAGGAGGAGCUGCGGCGGCGGCGGCAGGAGGUGAAACGGCGCCUCCUGGAGGAGCUGGCCAGCGUCCCGCCGAGGAAGAGCGCCCGCCUGCUCACGCAGCUGCCCCGCCGCACCGCCCUCAUCCCCCGCAAGUUCCGGGACCCUCCGGAGCGCCCGCCCCCGCCCUCCCGCACCACCCCCGCCCCCCUCCUGGGCCUGACCCGCAGGCCUCUGGGGAAAGCGGGCGGCAGCGGCAGGACGUUCCGCCGGUACUACUCCUCCCACGCCGUGUCGCGGCGGAAAGUGACGCCGGGCGUGACGGGGCUGCGUAACCUGGGCAACACCUGCUACAUGAACUCCAUCCUGCAGGUGCUCAGCCACCUGCAGAAGUUCCGGGAGUGCUUCCUCACGCUGGACCUGUGCGAGACCGAGGAGCUCCUGGCCAAGACCAACCGCUCUCAGGGCGCCGGGGGCGUGUCCGGGGGCGUGGUCAACCACACGGCGGCGCAGGCGGCGGGUCCGGGCCGCGUGGAGAAGCUGGGCGGCGGCGGCGGCGGCGGGGGAGGCGGCGGUUUGUCCGCGGGCAGCAAGCAGAGCCCCCUGCCCUGUCUGAGCGCCGCCGAGCUGGUGCAGCCCAAGGAGCCGCGGUCCUCCACCCGCCAGCAGAUGUCGCUGUGCCACGAGCUGCACACGCUCUUCAGGGUCAUGUGGUCGGGGCGCUGGUCGCUGGUCUCGCCCUUCGCCAUGCUGCACUCGGUGUGGAACCUGAUCCCGGCCUUCCGCGGCUACGACCAGCAGGACGCGCAGGAGUUCCUCUGCGAGCUGCUGGACAAGGUGCAGCAGGAGCUGGAGUCCGAGGGCUCCAAGCGCAAGAUCGUCAUCCCCAUCUCCCAGAGGAAGCUCUCCAAGCAGGUGCUCAAGGUCCUCAACACCAUCUUCCACGGGCAGCUGCUCAGCCAGGUCACCUGUCUGUCCUGCGACUUCAAGUCGAACACGGUGGAGCCGUUCUGGGACCUCUCGCUGGAGUUCCCCGAGCGCUACCACAGCAUGGACAAGGGGGCCGGCUCCCCGGCCUCCCAGCGCAGCUGCUCGCUGACCGAGAUGCUGGCCAAGUUCACCGAGACCGAGGCCCUGGAGGGGAGGAUCUACGCCUGCAACCACUGCAACAGGAAAAGGCGGAAGACGUCCCACAAGCCUCUGGUUCUGACGGAGGCGCGGAAGCAGCUGCUCAUCUAUCGGCUACCUCAGGUCCUGCGGCUGCACCUCAAACGGUUCCGGUGGUCAGGGCGGAACCACAGGGAGAAGAUCGGGGUCCACGUGGCCUUCGACCAGGUGCUGCACAUAGAGCCCUACUGCUGCGCGGACUCCCUGUCCUCCCUGCAGCGAGAGGGCUCCACCUACGACCUGUCCGCCGUGGUCAUGCACCACGGCAAGGGGUUCGGCUCAGGGCACUACACCGCCUACUGCUACAACACCGAGGGCGGUUUCUGGGUUCACUGUAAUGACUCGGAGCUGAACGUGUGCAGCGUGGAGGAGGUGUGCAGCACUCAGGCCUACAUCCUGUUCUACACUCAGAGAUCCGCCGAGGCCAGCGUGGCCUGACUCCGCCCACUUCACGCCCUCAGCCCCGCCCUCCUCCCCCUCCCCUCCACACGGUGGCGCUGUGACUGAGCAGUGAGUAGUACGGUUUCUCUGCAGGUCCCUCCACCUGAAUGGACCCCCCCUGGCAAUGUUUGCCCCCCCCCAAUUUUAACAGACAUUUUGAGGAGAACACGUUGAAUCGAGAACACGCCCAAAGCCAGCAGAUCUUGGGCUAUGACUGCUUAUGAAUCAUGUGAAAGCCCAGGGAUUUCUAGGUAAUUUUAGUGUCUGGAAGAAGCCAGUCAACAUUCCUCACUGUCCAAGGUAAAAAAAAGCUCUUGUAUGGGCUGAACAGGGAGACAGUGUGGCCUUUUUUUAAUUCGGUGGGGGUGGGGGAGGUUGUCCAGGGGUGACAUCACACCGAAGUGGGCAUUGGAGCAAUAUAUUAAUGACAUCAUGACGGAAAGGAAAUUCAGGAAUUAUUCUUCAAACUUUUUACUGGAUUGUUUUCUACUCUGCUGUUUUUUUUAUUGGAGUUCUUAUCAUUGUCUUGUAGACAAGAGAUGUAAUAUUGCUGUCCUUGAUAUGGAAAAGAAAGUGGCUUCAUGCACUGUAAAUUACAGAAAGGUCCCCAUGGCAGUGAAUGUCCUGCUUGUCUGAUGGAGAUGCAGCUUGGCCUCUGUCCUGCAUUGAAAUCCAGACAGACUUGUUUAGUGGCUGGCUGUUGGCUUCUAACCUCUGUCCUGUAUUGUAAAAGCACCAGGCAUCAGAUUCAGGAGGCCCAUGGGGCUGCCUAGAAAAGGCAAUUAAAAAAAGAAAAA